ACCUGGACUCACCUGGACUCACCUGGACUCUGCUGGCCAGGUGACCCACCGCCAUGUCUUCCUGUUGUCUCCCUCAGCUCUCACCGUCGCUCAGCUGUCGCUCCGUUGCCGCAGCGAUGUUCCAGCGCAGAAGGAAGAAGCGGCGGCCGAAGAUCUCGCCGCCUCAGGACUUCCAGCAUCGGGUCCACACGUCAUUCGACGCUGCCACCGGACGCUAUGUCGGCCUGCCGCCACAGUGGCAGAGCGUCAUCGACACGCUGAGGAGGCCACGCCCCCUAGUGGACCCUUCCAGGUUCACCGAGGUCCAACUCAGGAAGACCAUCGUGCGGGGCAGUGUCCUCGGCCAUGAGGACUACAUCUCCCAGGUGGUCUCUGCGAUGAGCCACCUGUCCGUCACCGCCUCCAACUCUCUGCGCCGCAGCAGCCCGUCAGCCCGGAAACGGGCCCGGUCGCUGGGCCGACUGGGAGAACUGGUGGACGAGGAGUCGUACCAGUACGAACAGCUGGACCUGAAGACGGGCGGCGGGUCCACCUACUGGCAGGACCGGAUCCGGCAGGUGCGCAUCGAGAGAGCCGGUCCUGAACUGAACGGGGCUCUGCAGAGAGCCAAGUCCACCUGCGAGGUCACGCCCCCCACACCUGUGACGCCCCAGAGGGCCGGUGCGGGGGGGUCACCAGGUGCCCCCACGACAGGUGGACAGUACGCCCGGAGUGAGGGGGCGGGUCUAAGACAGAGACCAGCUUCCUGUUACAACCGCCUGCAGACCGUGGAGACCAGCAGACCUCACCUGAGACCCAGACCAGCAGUCAGUCACCUGCCGGACCUGUUGUCCUCCUUCAGAGAAACUCCCAGAAGGCCUCACUCCUCCUACGACCUCAAGCUCCAUGCCCCCCCCCUUCUGCUGCCCCCCCCUAACAGCACCAGCAGUCCCAUCAUCACAGGGCGACCUCAGCGCUCGCUCCGCCCCUCCUCCAGCUUCAGCUUCAGCCCCCUGAGUCAGCCCCGCCCCUCCCCCUCCCCCCAGCGGACGACACCUGAUGCAGGUGUGAAGGUGACCCACGAGCAGUUCAAGGCCACGCUGCAGACGGUGGUGGACCCGGGAGACCCCAGGAAGACUCUGGAGAACUUUGUGAAGAUCGGGGAGGGGUCCACAGGUGUGGUCUGCAUCGCCACAGACAGAAGCAGCGGCAGACAGGUGGCUGUGAAGAUGAUGGACCUGAGGAGGCAGCAGAGGAGGGAGCUGCUCUUCAAUGAGGUGGUGAUCAUGAGGGACUACCGGCACCACAACGUGGUGGAGAUGUUCGCCAGCGCUCUGGUGGAGGAGGAACUCUGGGUAAUCAUGGAGUACCUGCAGGGCGGCGCCCUCACGCACAUAGUCAGUGAAACCAGGUUGAACGAGGAACAGACGGCGACGGUGUGUGAAGGCGUCCUGCAGGCGCUGAGUUACCUUCACUCCCAGGGGGUCGUUCACCGGGACGUCAAGAGCGACUCCAUCCUGCUGAGUGUGGACGGGAGGAUAAAACUAUCAGACUUUGGUUUCUGCGCUCAGAUCAGUAAAGACGUACCGAAGAGGAAGUCUCUGGUGGGGACUCCGUACUGGAUGGCUCCUGAAGUGAUCUCUAAAACCCCGUACGGGACCGAGGUGGACAUCUGGUCUCUGGGCAUCAUGGUGGUGGAGAUGGUAGACGGAGAGCCGCCGUACUUCAGCGACACGCCCAUCACCGCCAUGAAGAAGCUGAGAGACGAGGCGGCGCCGAGCGUGAAGAACGUGUAUCGGGUGUCUCCGGUGUUGAAGGACUUCCUGGGCUGCAUGCUGACUCGUGACACGCAGCAGCGCUCAGGCGCCGCCGAGCUGCUGGAGCACCUGUUCCUGCUGCAGGCCGGGCCACCGCGCUGCCUGGUACCACUGGUGGAGCAGCACCGCAAACGGAUGUCCCUCUGCUGAACACCUCUGGGACUCGCCUGACAACACCUGAGACACCUGUGGGACUCACCUGUGACACCUGUGGGACACACCUGAGAGACACACCUGUGGGACUCACCUGAGAGACACACCUGUGGGACUCACCUGAGAACACCUGAGACACAUGUAGGAGUCACCUGACACACCUGUGGGACUUACCUGAGAACACUUGAGACACCUGUGGGACUCACCUGAGACACAUGUGGGACUCACCUGAGAACACCUGAGGGACUUACCUGAGAACACCUGAGACACAUGUGGGUGUAACCUGACACACCUUUGGGACUUACCUGAGAACACUUGAGACACCUGUGGGACUCACCUGAGAACACCUGAGACACCUGUGGGACUCACCUGAGAACACUUGAGACACCUGU